AUGUAUUCAUCGAGAUGCAAGUUGGUGAUAUCGGUGGUGGUGAUUUCGGUACUAUCAGUGUUCGCCAAGGAACCCAAUGGGCACUACAUGGGAUAUGCUAUGAAUCCUGUUUAUCUUCGAAUGGAUGCCGUAUUUACCAAGAAGGCCUCUAACACUACUGAACUGUACCUUCGUUUCGGUAUUGUAUGCGGUGCUGCCCGUAAAAAGUUCGAAAAGUUCUUCAAUGUCGGGCCUUCACUGCCGCCUGGGGCAUAUGCAAUUUUGGCCCCUAUACCACCCGCGUAUGAGCAACUCCUAUCUUUCUACAACAAGGAAUGUGGCCGCACCCCGGCAGUUGAUCCUGAUUUCUUCAAAUUCUUCUACGAACAACGAGCUAACCGUGUGUAUGUUAAGGUCCAAGGGUCUGGGAAGGAUAAGGAUAAGUUUUACCUAAAUAAGUAUGAAGCCUAA